CAAUUUGAUUGAUUGAUUAAAUUGAUUAACAGAAGAGAAAGGGUGAGGGAGAAGCAAAUUGAUUCGAUCAAUCAAGGUCAGCAAAUGGGUCGGUUAUUUAUAGAGUCAUUAAGUGGGCCUCGGAUCUUCAAGUGCAAGAGUUGUAAGGUGGACUCUGCCUCACCCGAUCAUAUCGUCUCCAAGGAGUUUCAGGGCCGUUUUGGCCGCGCUUAUCUUUUCCGAUCAGUGGUAAACGUGUCUCUUGGGCCUAGAGAAGACCGGCUUCUCUUCAGUGGAUUGCACACUGUUAACGACCUUUAUUGUAGCUCUUGUCACCAAUUACUGGGUUGGAAAUACGAGAAAGCCUAUGAAGAGAGCCAGAAGUAUAAAGAAGGAAUGUACAUCCUGGAAAAGGAAAGAAUGUUGAAAGAAGGUUGGUGAUGUUGUGGACACAUUGGAAGAAAAAGUGAAAGGCUAUCAUUUUUGUAUAGGAAUAUUUUAAAGGAGAUUGUUUAAAUAGGUAGUGUCUAGUGAAGGCUAUCAUAUUUGUAGCUUUUGCAACUUCAAUGGAAAGAAAUUUUUGGAUUAUGAACAUCAAA